CAUCUGAUCCAGACCUACCUCCCAACCUUCAUGAUCGUCAUGAUUUCUUGGGUUUCUUUCUGGUUGAACGUGGACGCUGUCCCCGCUAGGGUGACCCUGGGAGUGACCACUCUUCUCACACUGACCACCGUGGCUGCAGGAGUGCGGACCCAACUGCCCCCGGUGUCGUACGUCAAGGCCAUUGAUGUGUGGAUCGGCGCAUGCUCAGUAAUGGUCUUUGGUGCCUUGUUAGAGUUCACGCUGGUCAACUACCUUUCUCGUAGUAAAUAUCGUCCAGAAAACAUCUUGAAACCAGUCCUAGUGUUUAACGUUAUAAAAUCACAAUCUGGUCAACGCAACAUGAACGCCCGAGACAGAGCUUCCAAAGAAAGAGCAAGAAAUAUGAAGAUGGCGUGUUUUGUGGAUCGUGUUUGUCGUUUGUCAUUUCCUUUAGUAUUUUUUAUUUUCAACGCCAUCUACUGGCCGUACUAUCUCUUCGCAGAAGAUGCUCAGUAAAGCUGCGCAACUUCUUGAAAGAGGAUUUCUAUCGAGACAGCUUAAACAAGCAGCUUUUAUCACCUGACAUUCAUUCCAGGCUGCUUCAGUUGUUCUUCGUCUUUCCACACUUUUGGAGCUUUUACUGUUGUGCUAAUAGUAACAAAAAAUAUUAUAUUUGAAUUUUAUGUUAGUAUGUUAAGAAGCUUAAUU